AUGUCUCUUUCUACAGUAAACCAGACUGUCAUUCUUAAGAAUUCUCAUGGAGAGAAGGUCAAAUUUUUAUUGUCAGAUUUUGACAUGUUUUCUCUUUCUAGAGCACAAACAUCCAUGAUAUUUUCUGCACAAUGUGCAAUGAGUGCUUUGUUAGCAAUUAUUCUUCUAUUAACAUCAAAACGUGAAAAAGCAAAAACAUUUCUUUUCUUUUUAAACAUGGCUGGACUAAUAUCUGUAUUUAUACGAGGAUGCCUUCAAUGUGCUUAUUUAACUGGUACAUGGACAAGCUAUAGUGUUCAAUUUCUCGGAGAAUUCGAGUUGUUAUCAUAUAAUGAUUUCUAUGUCUCAAUUAUUGCAUCAUGCAUGCCUAUUUUUAUCAUCUUAUUUAUUGAGCUUUCUCUUCUUAUUCAAAUUAGAGUAAUCUACGCAUCACACAGAAAGUUACGAAUGCCGCUCACAAUAAUUUCUUGUGUCAUAAUAUCAGUAGUUAUACUAUUUUGGGUAAUUGCUGCUAUUCAAAAUUCAAUGGCGAUUUUGUCUCAAACACAUUUUGGAAGCAGUGGUAUUUGGGGUGCACCUUGGCCAUAUACCGCCGCCCGUAUUUCAUUUGUUUUUAGUGUAUGUUUAGGAUGUUUAGUUUUUGUUUCAAAAUUAUUUUUCGCAAUUUACCGUAGACAUAAAAUGGGUAUCAAAGAUUUUGGACCAAUGCAAAUCAUAUUUAUUACAAGCUGUCAAACAUUAAUUAUUCCUGCAAUCUUUAUUAUUAUUGAUUUCUGGGUAGAUAUAACCGGAUUUAGUUCAUUGACUCAAGCGUUUGUUGUAAUGUCUUUACCAUUAUCUUCUCUUUGGGCAUCAUCUAAAAUAGAAAAAAAUAAAAAUAGCAUGGCACAGCCAUACAGUGAGCGUAUAAAUAGCAAGGAUUAUAGUGUUAAAAGCUCUCCAACUUCGCUAAGUAAAUCAUCUUAUAUCGACUUUAAACAGCCCCCUUGUUAUUUAGAUUCUGGGAAAUCACCAUGUAUUCCUUCUUUUGAAUAUAAUGGAAAUCCUUUUGAUCAAUUUUAUGAAAAUGACAGAAAUAGACUCAAUAUAUUUAUAGAAGAAUCAGUAGAUAUAUCUUCAGAAAAAGCAUAA